GUCUUAUCGAAGCCUAAGGAGGACUUGGAGUCGGAGACUCGGCCGGAGGCGACAGCUGCGCUCCAAGAUUCUCUAGAGUCUAGACUCUAGAGACCAGGGAGCAGCUAGGGAGAUUGUGUUGCUGAGCCAAUGGCCCUCCUUAGCAGCGGACUUGGCUUGGGAGGAGAGCUGGGGCUGCGUCUACUGCUCUCGCCGGGCUCCUCCUCCAUCCUGGUGCGGUCCGCAUGCGGCAUUGUGGGGAUUGGCAUGCCCGUAUACUGCACCUACAAGGUACUCGAGCGCAAGGGGACAAGUGGGGAGGACGAGGCAGAAAGGAAUCACUGGCUCACAUACUGGGCAGUAUGCGGCUGCCUGAGCGUGGCUGAGUCCUCCUGUGAGCGCUGGCUGUCCUGGCUCCCCCUGUACUACCACCUCAAGCUUGCCUUCCUCAUCUGGCUCCAGGUCCCUCCCAGCAACAGCGGCGCGCGGGUGCUGUACAUGCGCCUCCUGCGGCCGUUGCUGCGGCGGCACCAGGGCCGCAUGGACCGCCUGGUGACGGGCACCCGGGCACACCUGAGUCAUUUUGUGGCUGCACACCAGAGCGAGCUUGCAUAUGCGGCGCAGCUCCUGCGGCGUGUGGCCCUGGCAGCCCUGCGGUUUGGCCAGGAUUCGUACCAAGCACUCAAGGAACCUGACGCCAGCCCGGAGCCGUCCCCCCAGCCUUCUCCACCGGCCACCCCAACUCUGCUCGACGCAACAUCUGACUCCGACCCCGCCCCAACAGCUGCUGACUCAUCUCUGCAUUCGAUCAGGCCCGACCAGCCGCAUACUGGUCCACAACGGGUGACUCGCAGAAUCCCCACUGAAACUCCACCAUUUUGCGAUUCUGGCCGUCGAAGGAGCCCAACGAAUAGCCCGCCAUAUCGCGGGGCGAACGCAUCACCACUGCGCUCCGACGUAAGAACACCACCUGGGCCCAACACGUUUCCAUCAGGAAGCCCGUCCAUGCACCAGCACAACAUAUAUGAGACGCGAUACGUUCGCAGCCUUCGGACCAUGUACUCAACCGAGGAGCCAGCGGAAGACGACAAUCCAAUGAAGAGGGGCUGGUAAGGAGAAGGCGGGCCACAUCCUCAUACGGAUUAACAGCACGCAAUCAUCUUGAAGCAGUCCUUUGACGUGAUGUAUGUGGUCAGCGAGCAAGUUGCUUGUAUCAGUUUGUACUUUACAUGGCGUUUAAAAGAGAUUUGUCCCGUUCCAAUUUGAGGAACGGACACUGGGUUCCGUUGCUCCAGUUAAUUUGUAGAGAAUCAAAAAGGUCAUCGGAGUCGAGCUUUAUAUGUACAAUAAUGUGAAGAAAUUCGACAGGUGAAGCGCCUGAACCGAGUCGGAGUCAGAAUCAAUAGAUUGUCCCGGGUCUUCCAGAGACUGUCACUGCUCCAUGGCUCUAGCCUAGCUAUUCUGCGGCUGAAGGCGUUAACAAACGAGAAGCUUAACCAUCUGACGAAGUAUGUAGCUAUAUUCCGACUCUAGUAGGGUGGGGCCGGCCGGCCGGCCGCCCAAUUGAGCCCGAUCGAGCUCUUGAUUGCAAUUAAGCCCAUGGCCCGCGCC